UAAAAAAGACAAUUAGCAUCAAAUGCAGGAGCUUCUCUUUAUAUUUCGACCCAGGAUUUCGAAUAGCGUCACCACCACCACCAUCCCCAUCAUCAUCAUCACCACACUACCGUGUCACCUGCACACCGCUGUCUUGCAUGUGUAUUCCAUAAAAUCCUCCCAGGAAGAUACGGUCUGCAUUGCAUUUCAUUUCCUAUCCUGUCUCUCGCUCUCUCUCUCUCUUUCUCUAUCUCCGAGAUUUUUCUCUCUACAUAUCUUUCCGGACCACACCACCCCAAAAUAUCGCUUCCCCAACUUGCAGGCGUCCCCACACGGAAAUAACGAUUUCGAGAAAUAAAAAAUCCCAAAGAAAACAGCAUCUGGAUUCGAAUUCGGUAAGAUAAAUAUUAAUUUUUCAUGCUUUAUUUAAAUCUACUUCAUUUCUUCUCCAUUCUGCAAUGCGCGCGCUCUGAGUCUCUCUACUUUGAAACGUGCCCUUGACCUCGGAGAAACGUGGCUGCCGAUCGUAUGCCUGGGAACAAGUACAAUCGCAAUCAGGCCGUCCCUUCGACUCGAUUGGAGAGGCUGUUGAAAGAGAGGGAGUUGAGGAAAUUCAACCGGACUUUCCAACCGACCGAGGAGGCGGACCUGUUGGAGCAUGAGCUCAACAGCGAGUUGGAGCGUCAGCGCGAGGAGGACUACUUGGAUGCUGUCACACCGGCGAGGUCAAUUGGGGAAGGAUGCGAAAGCGACGACGGAAGGCCCUCGAAGCAGCGGCUCCUGGUGGUGGCGAAUCGGCUGCCAGUGUCGGCUGUUCGGAGGGGAGAGGAUUCUUGGUCGCUGGAGAUAAGCGCUGGAGGUCUUGUCAGCGCUCUUCUUGGUGUGAAGGAGUUUGAGGCUAAAUGGAUCGGAUGGGCUGGUGUAAAUGUACCGGAUGAAGUCGGGCAGAAAGCGCUCACCGUAGCACUAGCUGAAAAGAGAUGCAUUCCAGUUUUCCUUGAUGAAGAGAUCGUUCAUCAAUAUUACAAUGGCUACUGCAACAACAUCCUGUGGCCUCUUUUUCAUUACCUUGGGCUCCCACAAGAAGAUCGGCUGGCAACCACCCGUAGUUUCCAGUCCCAGUUUGAUGCAUAUAAGAAGGCAAACCAAAUGUUUGCCGAUGUGGUAAACGAGCAUUACGAAGAGGGGGAUGUUGUUUGGUGCCAUGAUUACCAUCUCAUGUUUCUUCCAAAAUGCCUGAAGGAGCAUAACAGCCAAAUGAAAGUUGGUUGGUUCCUCCACACGCCCUUUCCUUCCUCUGAGAUCCACAGAACGUUGCCAUCUAGGUCGGAGUUGUUGAGAUCCGUUCUUGCAGCUGAUCUAGUUGGCUUCCACACUUAUGAUUAUGCAAGGCACUUUGUUAGUGCUUGCACCCGUAUUCUUGGACUUGAGGGCACACCCGAAGGAGUAGAGGAUCAAGGAAAGCUAACUCGGGUUGCCGCGUUUCCUAUUGGGAUAGACUCUGAUAGAUUUAUUCGAGCGCUGGAGCUUCCACAAGUCCAAGCUCACAUCAAAGAACUGAAGGAAAGAUUUGCUGGUCGAAAGGUUAUGUUGGGUGUUGACCGACUUGACAUGAUUAAAGGGAUUCCUCAAAAGAUUUUGGCAUUUGAAAAGUUCCUUGAGGAGAAUCCACAUUGGCGUGAUAAAGUAGUUUUGCUGCAAAUUGCUGUGCCAACAAGAACAGAUGUUCCUGAGUAUCAAAAGCUUACAAGUCAGGUUCAUGAAAUUGUUGGGCGUAUUAAUGGCCGAUUUGGAACUCUGACCGCUGUUCCUAUACAUCACCUGGACCGUUCCCUUGAUUUCCAUGCAUUAUGUGCACUCUACGCGGUAACAGAUGUGGCUCUGGUGACAUCUUUGAGGGAUGGGAUGAAUCUUGUCAGCUAUGAAUUUGUGGCAUGCCAAGAUGCAAAGAAAGGAGUCCUCAUUCUUAGUGAAUUCGCAGGGGCUGCACAAUCCCUUGGUGCUGGAGCUAUCCUUGUGAACCCAUGGAACAUCACAGAAGUUGCCUUCUCAAUUGGUUAUGCUUUGGAUAUGCCUGGUGAUGAAAGAGAAAAGCGACAUCGACAUAACUUUAUGCAUGUAACCACACACACUGCUCAAGAUUGGGCUGAAACAUUCGUAAGUGAACUGAAUGAUACCAUCCUGGAAGCUCAACUGAGGACAAGACAAGUUCCACCAUUACUUCCAAUUAGGACUGCAGUCGACCGUUAUAUGCAGUCGAAGAAUCGAUUGCUCAUACUGGGAUUCAAUGCAACAUUGACGGAACCAGUGGAUACCCCUGGAAGAAGAGGAGGUGAUCAAAUUAAAGAGAUGGAGCUUAAAUUGCACCCAGAUUUAAAACAAUCCUUGGCAAUUCUCUGCAACGAUCCAAAGACAACAAUUGUUGUCCUCAGUGGAAGUGACAGAACUGUCCUGGAUGAUAACUUUGGUGACUAUGACAUGUGGUUGGCAGCAGAAAAUGGUAUGUUUUUGCGCCUCACUAGAGGAGAAUGGAUGACAACUAUGCCAGAGCAUCUAAGUAUGGAUUGGGUUGACAGCGUGAAGGUGCUCAUUCAUGUUUUUGAGUAUUUCACGGAGAGAACGCCCAGGUCUCAUUUCGAACUUCGUGAGACAUCACUCGUAUGGAAUUACAAGUAUGCAGAUGUUGAAUUUGGAAGGAUUCAAGCGAGGGAUAUGUUGCAACAUCUAUGGACAGGCCCAAUUUCAAAUGCAGCUGUUGAUGUAGUCCAAGGUAGUCGAUCAGUUGAGGUCCGAUCUGUUGGUGUUACAAAGGGUGCAGCUAUUGACCGUAUUUUAGGAGAAAUAGUACAUAGCAAAUGCAUGGUGACGCCUAUAGAUUAUGUUUUAUGCAUUGGCCAUUUUCUAGGAAAGGAUGAAGACAUCUAUACAUUUUUCGAGCCAGAGCUUCCUGCAGAGCCAGUUGCUGCCACAAGAGCAAAGGUAGCUGAUGCUGUCAAGCCAUCAUCCCUUGACAAACGGUCCUCGCCGAGGCAAUCAACUAGCAAAAGCAGUUCCAAGGCGUCGCAUGGCAGGGCAAACAGGAAUUCAGCAGGCUCAGAAAAGAAAACAUCAACCAACAGCAACCACAGCAGUGAUAGCGGAUGGCGGUCCUCACAGGAGAGCAUAGCAUGGCAUGAGGGAUCAUCGGUGCUUGAUCUAAAGGGUGAGAACUACUUCUCUUGUGCUGUUGGGCGGAAGCGCUCGAAUGCACGUUAUCUGCUCGCAUCAUCGGAAGAAGUUGUUUUAUUUCUGAAGGAGUUGGCUUGGGCAUCAUCAUCCUGGUCAGGUUAAAAGAGGUUUGCUAAGCUCCACACACAUUGAUAGCCCAGCCCUUUUACAUGCCGGCACAUGGUUGAGCUUGAGGAUGUGUGCAAGAUCCAAGCCAUCCAUAGAGUGGCCUCAGUGUUGUAGAUGUCCUGGUUAGAAAUCAGGCUUUUCCACAGUGUGCAAACAAAUGGAUGGCUGAAACAAGUUCUGAGUUCUUUCUAGCUGUCAAUUUUGUUCGUUCUGUGUGCCUUCUUGAUCUUUGUCAGGUGUCACCUACGCACUGAAGCGCACUUGAUGGACAGCUUGGAAUUUCAUUGCACAUGCCAGCUCGGCACAUGUGCUGGCAGGUAGAGGCCUGAGCUAUUCGUGCCUGUGGGUGUGGGAUCUUAAGAAGAAUGCAGAUUGGGCUUCGGGUUGAGGCUAUGCAACCUGAUUGUUCAAAUGAGUUUCCCAGAGAUGGGUUUUUCCUGUUGUUCCCAAAGUCUCUUUGUAGGAUCUGGUAGUGUAGAUCUUAUUUACAAACAUAUUUAUUAAUUAUAAUGGCAGUUGGUUAUGUCCAUAUUUUCCUGCGAAAGAAAUAUAUAAGCUUAUGAAUC